AUGUGGUCUCUGGGGAAUUUCUCAGAAGCAGAGAAAGUUGAACAAGGUAUGGCACCUACGCACCCUACAUCAACGCGCUAGCAAACAUAUGCCUGAGAUGGUGAAAAUCCACAAUGCAUGCUUCCUUGAAAGAAAAUGUAGGGCUUAAACAAUCUUCCACACAAUAAUAGUUUGCUCCUGUUUACUUCAUGUUGCUGUAUGUAGCUAAAGGCUCAUAAUUGUUACAGAUUAAUUUAAACAGCGGCAUAUGAUGUGAUUACAAUUCUAGAAUAACAUUUUCAAAACCAGCCUACAAUGGUCAAACAAAUGUAUCUGAAGUAGUUUCUUUAAUGUAACUUGUCACUCAAUGUUUUUGUCAAUGGAUAUUACUGGAGUACUUGACACUGAUAAAAUGGCUCUUGACUAAAUUCAGUAACAUUCUUCAGAUGUGCAUGUCGAAAGUAUUACCAUGGACGUAACAAGAAGAUUACCCUUACCUGGUUCAUCAAACAUGACUGAAAUGGCCUAUGGCUUUGUUGCAAACAUUAUCGCUGUGAUCUUGUAUGGCAGCAACUUUGUCCCUGUCAAAAGGAUAGACACUGGUGAUGGUAAGAGAUCCAUGAAAAAAAUCAUAAUUGUGCAUAUUUGGACAUUUCUCUCUUUUGACCAUCUUGUAAGAUUUAGCAUUCUUAAAAAAAAAUCUUCAGGUAUGUUUUUCCAGUGGGUGUACUGCGCAUCCAUAUGGGUAGUUUCGAUGAUCGGCGACUUGAUACUCGGCUCUCCCAAAUUCCAUCCGUUGGCAAUGCUGGGAGGAGCAAUCUGGGCCACAGGUAUGACGGCAACUUUCAAGCUGCACUGUAA